UAUUGCUGUCAAGCGGGUUAACAACAACAGUGUUAGAACCUACGAUGGUGGUGGAGAGGGAGUGUUUGCUUUCGUAUUUGCAUAUCCCUUAUAGAUAGAGUGUAAGUGUUUUCUGUUUUGUGUGUGAAACGAUGAUGUUCCUUUAAAUACAUUUGCCGAGAGUGACAUCCCCCAGCCUUUAAUGAGUUACGCUUGAAAUGGGUUUUGUGGUUAAUGCAUUAUGACUCAGUUAUUCUCGUGAUUGUCACCCACCGAGAGACUCGCCGAAAUGUUCAGAAGUAGAAGCUGGUUUGGAGGCGGCUUAUGGAAACCGAAAAAUCCACAUUCAUUGGAACAUCUUAAGUACCUGUACAAUGUUUUAUCUAAAAACCAAUCAGUGUCAGAAACAAAUAGAGGACUUCUUGUAGAAACAUUGAGGUCAAUUGCUGAAAUACUAAUAUGGGGUGACCAAAAUGACAGCAGUGUCUUUGACUUUUUCUUGGAAAAAAACAUGCUGUCUUUCUUUUUAAAAAUAAUGAAGCAAAAAUGUGGAAGCUAUGUUUGUGUGCAGCUACUGCAGACCUUAAAUAUUUUAUUUGAAAAUAUUCGAAAUGAAACGUCUUUGUAUUACCUCCUGAGCAAUAACCAUGUAAAUUCAAUUAUAGUUCACAAAUUUGAUUUCUCUGAUGAAGAAGUUAUGGCUUACUAUAUAUCAUUUCUGAAGACACUCUCAUUGAAACUAAAUGCUCAUACAGUACACUUUUUCUACAAUGAGCACACAAAUGAUUUCCCUUUGUACACUGAGGCAAUAAAAUUUUUCAACCACCCAGAGAGCAUGGUGCGUAUUGCAGUACGAACACUGACACUGAAUGUAUACAGGGUAGAAGACAGAUCAAUGCUCAAAUUUAUCCGAGACAAAACAGCUGCUCCAUAUUUUUCAAACCUUGUUUGGUUCAUUGGCAAUCACGUCCUAGAGCUUGAUAUAUGUGUUCGAAAUGAUGCUGAUCAUCAGAGUCAGAAUCGUCUAUCAGAUCUCGUUGCUGAACAUUUGGAUCAUUUGCAUUAUCUGAAUGAUAUUUUAUGUUUGGAUAUUGCUGACUUGAAUCAAGUCCUUACUGAUCAUCUACUGAAUAAACUACUUAUACCAUUAUAUGUGUAUUCCCUAACAAAACGAAGGAGGCAUUCACAGCUUGAGGAUACGAAGCCCCAUGUAAGCAGUGUUGUUUCAUUAUUCCUGUUGUCACAAGUUUUCCUUAUAAUCACUCACAAGCCACUGGUUCAAGUGUUAGCGUGGAUAAUACUCAAUGGUGACAUGGAAAUUUUUUCUCAAGGAGCUUCUGAUAAACUUGCAACUUAUAGACGGGCUCAGGUCACUGGAACGAUAAAACCUGGGUUUGUUCCACCAACAGAGACACUGGAAAAAUCUUUGGAAACAAGCGCACUUGAUAUUACAAAGGAAAGUGAUGCAUCGCCUGGUACUGAUGCUGUAUUGGGAACAAAUUCCUGUCUUGAAAAAAAAACUACAGAAAAUCAAGAGAGCAAUGACAAUACAUUGAGUGAGUAUCCUGAUGAUGAUUCUACUGACCUUAAUGUCAACAUAACAGAUGAAGAAAAAGAGCGCUUGGCACUAGAAACAUCAAAUCCACCAGUGACAGUGGCGGCGGCGGCAGCAGCACCACCACCGCCAACAGCGGUAUCCGAUAGCAUAACUGUGGCCCCAGUGCUGCCACAGCAGUCUCAAACACUUAGCAACAAACCAUUUUUGGAAAUGAUUUUCAACACCCUGCAGUGUUCAGAAAAUGAUUAUUCUGCUCUGUUUGCACUUUGUUUGCUGUAUGCAUUGGGCCACAAUCAAGGUGUAAAUGAAGAACUUAUUGACACGGUUCUGCUUCCUUCAGAGAAGCCAGAGACUCGACACUGGUACAAUGUUCUUCUAGUUGAGAAGCUCAUUAAAAUUAUAUCACAAGCUUGCCAGUCAAAUAGUCGAAUACGACUUGUGACAUUGGAACUUAGUAUUCGCUUACUAAUACAGCUAGUGAUGAAGAAUGGGCAAAGUUUCCUCCGUGAUGGUCACUUGGCGGCAAUUGAAGGAGCGAAAGAGGAAAGUGUUGCUCUCCUGAGAAAUUUUUAUAAGAGUGAAGAAAUAUUUCUCGAUAUGUUUGAAGAUGAAUACAAUGAAAUGAAGAAACGCCCACUGAAUGUAGAGUGGCUUAUGAUGGAUUCCAACAUUCUACUGCCACCAACAGGAACUCCUAUGACAGGAAUUGAAUUUAGCAAACGGUUACCAUGCGGAGAGGUUGAACGGGCAAGGCGGGCAAUAAGAGUGUUCUUCUUGGUCAGAGAUCUGUCAUUGACCCUUAGAGGGGAGCCUGAAACUCAGUUGCCUCUCACAAACCCACAGUCGUGUGUUCAAGUUGAUGUUGUUCUAGAUCUAAAUAACAGCGACCUGAUUGCAUGCACUGUGGUUAACAAAGAAGGACACAAAAUUCGACGAUUUCUUGUUAUUGAUGUAAUGCAGUUUAUUCUUGUUGAACCUGACACAAGACGCCUUGGAUGGGGUGUUACAAAAUUUGUUGGUUUCCUUCAGGACAUAGAAGUUACAGGAGACAAAGAUGACUCCCGUUGUUUGCAUAUUACUGUUCACCGUCCACUUUCGAGUAGCUCUUCCAACCGUGUGCCACUGUUGUCAGCAAAGUUCAUAUUUGAUGAUCAUAUUAGGUGCAUGGCAGCUAAACAACGGCUAACAAAAGGACGUAUAAAAGCACGCCAGAAGAAAAUGCACAUGAUAGCCAGGCUUCUAGAUCUUCCCAGCAAUGUGUUGCCAUGUCCCUCUCCACCACCUUAUAAUCUCAUGGCACAGCGUGCAGCUGAAGCAUCAGCAAGAUCAAGCAGUGGUAGAGCCCCACAACGUAAAACGUAUCGACGCUUUCAAUUCCAAGUCAACAGAGUUCCAGGAUUUGCAGCAGCCCGUGGCCAGGAUAGCCCUCCUUCUACAAGCAGGUCUAGCUCACCAUGUAACAGGCGCUCAGGCUCACAAGAGCGAGUAUCUUGUUGUGAACUUCCACCUGCAGGAGUAAGCCAUGGUGCUGUCAGGUCGAGAGAGGGCUCAAAUUCUCCUCGACUGCCAAGACCACGCAGUGAGGAAAUACCUCUUGAAGAUAUGAGUACAAAGAAAACUGGUAGAGGCACCAAUGGUGUUGCAGGAACAUCUGGGAGCAUAAAUCCACCAGUGAAGAUGAGGCACAAACCUUUACAUCAUAGAGAUGCAAUGUUUAGACCACCAAUGACCCCUUCUCCAGUACCACAGCAAGAUUCAUCUGAAACUGCAGCAGAAACGACGACACCAGUUGCUAGUGAUAGUAUUGUUACAGCUCCACUGCCAUCGACCUCCCAGCCAUCGUCGACACCACCGCCUCCAACACCACCUCCACAACCACCUCCUGUUAGUUCAGAGGAAACUUCUUUCACUCAGGUGCCUGAUGGUACACAGUCAGAAGAAAAGAAACUUCGUAGAAAGAAAGGCAUGGUUGAAACUGUAUGAAACAAGACAAAGGAUAUGUGUCAUAACAUAUCAUUAUCUCAUGAAGUGCAAUGCAGAUUUGACAAUAUGUGCAGUGUUAUGUUGACAGUACAGAAAUGGUGCAGAAUGGUGGCAUUUGUUACUAAGCUCAUGGAAUUUCACUUCUCCAGUGCCACAAUUACAGUCAGAUACAGUGUGAGUGUUAAGUGCAAGUCAUCACAGUUAGUGUAUGUCAAUGCACACUUCUUACAUACUUUUAACAAGAUUACUGGAAAUUUUUUGUUACUGUGUUUUGUCAUUAUUUGUAUGCUAGAGACAUACUUGAAUGAAGUCUUCACUUCAGCAAUUAUUGGGUCACCACUUCAAACUGAUUAAUCACUUACUUUCACACUUUUGCAUUGGAACAACUCAAAAUAACAUGAAACAUGAAAUGUCAUCAGUUGUGCAGAAAUCGGUAGACGUAUGUGAUAACAUUUAGUGUCAGAGGUAUAGAAAUCAUACUUUCAUAUGACACAGACGUUAUAAGAGGUUUUCACUGACACAAAUUAGUUACGAAGCAUUGUGGAUUGCGUCCUCUUUUCUCUCUCUCUCUCUCUCUCUCUCUCUCUCUCUCUCUCUCUCUCUUUUUUUAUGCAUCACUGUGUAAGUGAUAACAAGACAAAAUUUCCAGGGGGGGAAACUAGAUUGUCGUUGGUGGUAUAUAAUGCUUUGGUCAUAAAUCUUAUGUGCACAAAAAGGCUCCCAAUAAUGGUUUUUCAUUGCCUGUGAAUAUGAACGUGGUGUUGAACAUUCAUUUAUAGUGGCACUAUAUUAUUUUUGCUCUUACAUCAGCUUAUUAAUAUUUAUUUAUAGUAAUACACCAAAGUAUUCAGAGCAGACAAUUAGGAUUUGUUAGUCAUGGUGCGUACAGCACAGUUACUGCUUUAGUAAUAAUAUGGGUGAAAUCUGAGCAUGUAACUAGAUUUAAAGAGGUAAUAGAAGAGAGUUCAAUAACCUAAUAAUAUUUCAUUAUCUUGAAAUAUUUUAUAGAAAUAUUGUAUUACAAGUGAUGGACACUCUUUUGGCACCUGAGUGAUGCAUUAAACCCUCAACAUAUGUGAAUCUAUAGAUAAUAAAUAAUAUAAUAUUUUGAAGAAUAUUACAGACUACAAUCAUAAAUAUACACAUUUCAUGUGGAAGGAAAAACAGGCCAGCCAAAACAAGAAAUGUGGGAGAAAAUUUCUGUGUUAAUGAAAGACUACAUAUAUACUGAUGUUUUACAGUCUCCUCCCUUUUUGAGUAUAUAUGCUGUGCUUAAAAAAAAAAAAAAAACACGCAUUUCAGUAGAGACCAACUUCAUUCAACGUUACAGGCACAGUUCGCAGCGGUAUUGUACUGCUUUGAAAUGUUACAUCUUAGAGAUCGCACAGCAGAAUUUGUGUGUUUGUGUAAUAUUUUUCAUAAAUAUUGUAUUAUUUUGAUCUUGGUAAAAGUUUGUGUUUUAGAGCUUUUUGUAUCACUUGUGUGCAUUCUGAAUGAAAACUCAUUUUGUUUUGAAGGAGGUCAGAGCUUGGCCUCAUGCCUGUUGAUACAGUUUAGCUGAAGUGCAAAUGGAAUUCAAGUAGAUCACAUGUUUCACAAAAAUAGAAUGAGGUCUAUAUACUAAAUGUGCUAUUAUUAAGUUUCAUUCUGUGGACAUUACUUACUUAUUCACAUGCUGCAUAACUGAUGCAUAUCUUGCACAUCACUCAUUUCAUACCCUUGCAAGCAAUUGCUUGUGAUUGAAUGUAUGUUUUAAUGUAGUUCAGUUGAUAUGAGCUGAGCUUCCAUUGCCAAAGGUACAAAGAUAACAUACUCAUUAACUAUCCUAAACACAUUUUUAGUAAACCCAAUUUGCAUUUGUAAGAAUAUUUAAAAAAAAUUGCACCUGUUUUUUAUGAUGUGUCUGCUGCCUCUUUUAUUAUAUUUUUUGCUGUGAAUAACAUGAAAAAGAGCAGCAGCAUGCAAACAAAGGUUGUGGUUUAAACAAUUGUGAGUAUAAAUUGUAAAUAUUUAUUUUGUUUGUAGAAAGACUUCUUGACUGCAGCUAUCUUGUAAAUACAUUGUAACAAAAGAUAAUAAAUAUCAAUACUGCUGUUGUUAA